AUGGAACUACCCGCUCAUCCUCGCCUUCCAACCCCUCUACGGUGCGAUCGCCGCUGGGUCAUCAAGCCCUCCGAGAUCUCCGCCCACUUCUCCCUACUCACCACGCUGCUCCCGCACUACCUCGAUUUUCCGCGUUGUGCUCUCGGGCUCUCGUCGUUCCUCGGACCCUCCCUUCCCUUCCGCCUUGCUCCUCCCCUUCCCACUCCCUCGCCCCCCCUCGCCCUCGCCCUCCGCUCCUCCUCUCCACUCCUGCCUCUCCUACUCCUUUCCGCCCUCCCCCUUCUCCCGUUCCUCCAGUUACUCCCUUCUCCCAUCCCUACCCAUCUCAAUCAUCCCCCCUCUCCCACCCCCUCACCCCUCGCUCACUCGCAUCCACCCCACAAUAAUAAUAAAAAAACAGUCGACCACAUAUUCUACACCACCUCCGCACAUGUCGCCCGCCUCAUCUCCCACCGCAAACACCUGGAGAGUCUCUUCCCUGGGGGCGCACUAGGGAGUAAGGACUACGGCCGGAUCGUAUCGGACUCCCACCCCACCCGCCUCCAAGUCCUUUUGGAACAUACCGCCGGCCGAGGGUCGUACUCUAGACGGGAGGUGGGAAGUGAUGUGUUGUUAGAGGACGAACUGUUUGGCCCGGUGUUGCCGGUUGUUGAGGUAGAAGGGUUGGAGGGUGCGUUGGAGUAUUUGGAGGAUAAUGCAUUUGGGGAUAGGGAACACCCGUUGGCGGUAUAUGCGUUCACGAACGACGAGGAGGUUAAGAAGACGCUCGAAUCCCGCACAACAUCCGGAACCCCCGUCUUCGGCGACACAUUCGCCCAGGUCGCGAUUAACGAGCUGCCCUUUGGUGGGGUGGGCGAAUCGGGGUACGGGAGGCAGGCCUUGAAGUACAGCUUUGAGAACUUCGUUUAUGAGAGGGGGGUCGUGGACGUUCCUUUUGGACUCGGUGCUGGGUUCUUUGCAUUCGGCCGUCCUCUGCUCGGUUCUCGUUCCUCGUUUGGGAUGGGAGCGGACAAAGACGAGGACGUCAUCGCUUUAAGUCUUCGAUUCGAAGACUAUGUUGCUGGUUCGAGUUUCUGGAUUGGAUUUCAGAUUUCUAUUCCGGUGUUCGCCGCCCUAUUUCCUGGACCCACGAAACCACCGAGAUCGCCACUUGUCGUCUGGUCGCUCUUCGUUGUGGAUAACCGGUGGAACUGUGUUGAAGAGCUGGAGGGGGCGUUGGAGUAUUUGGAGGAUAAGGAACACCCGCUUGUGUCGCACGCGUUUACAGACGGCCCCGACAACAGAAAGACACUCGAAUCCCUAACCACCUCCGGUAAAUUCGUCUUCAGCGGCACUUUCACGCAGGUGGCUAUCAACGAGCUGCCCUUCGGCGGCGUCCGCGAGUCGGGCGCGUUCUGCUGGUUAGCUCCCCCUCCUCCAUCUUCAUCACGGCCAAGCGUGUCGCGUGUUCGUCAACUCCAGGCAGAGGGAGGAAAGCGCGGGGAGGAAAAGGAACAUCCGUCGGUGAUGUAUGGGUUCACGGACGCCGAUGAGAUCAAGAAAAAACUCGACUCCCACACCACCUCCGGCACGAUUGUCUUCGGCAACGCAUUCGAGCAAGUCGCGAUCAACGAGCGUCCGUUCGGUGGAGUCGGCGAGUCGGGGUAUCGUCGCCAGGUCUUGAAAGGCAGUUUUGGGAAUUUCGCGCCUGGGAGAGGGGUUGAUGUAGCGUUUGGCAACGAACCCUACGACACGAUACUCUACCUGCCGCAGACACUCGAGUCGCUCGAGUUUAUGUCGGUCCCUCUCAAGGGCGACAUUCCGCGCGACAAGCCUUUAGGACUAUCUUAG